AUAAUUAUUGUUAGAUACAUUCCGUCGAACCAUUCGCAAAGUACGAGUUAUUUAUUGCACUCAUUUGUUUUAAUAAUCGGGCACUAUCUGGUUACCACGCUGGUUUCGAGGAAGGACGCCGAAGAGACGCGUUGUGCGCAUGGCAAGUAGCGCAGCGUCGAAAAAUCAGGAUCGCCCCGCUGAACUUGACAAAAGCGUGUUUUUCACGACGUGCAAACGCCACACGCACGUUUGCCCCCUACCUUCGGAGGCGUCGAGAGUGGGUUAAAUAGCAUCUAGGAGUGCUGUGCGGCAGCGUCCGAGCGUCCGAGAAGCGGCGUGUGCGGUGGACGACGUUUUGUGUUUAUUGUGCGGGGACGAAGGCUCUCGUUCGCUCACGGGCCGCUUCUGGUCAGUCCGAGUUCGUGCAUCGAGCGUAUUGGUUUAUCGCCGAGACGGAACUUUGUAGUCUCGUGGAGUUUCUGUGUGUGGUGCAUCGUGCGCGAGCUCUCGGAGGACGCUGUGAAAGAGUAGAGGAGAAAAUAAAAGUUGUUUGAGCCACUUUUACACGGCGCUCGCGCAAGUGUUGCGCUGUCGCGGCGAAUCAAAAUUAUUUUUUUAGAAAUUUGUUUGAAACUGCGACAGCAAGUGUGCGCUUGUUGAUUUUCGAAUCGGAUACUCAACUUACACCAGGACUCCAGUAUGACAAAUGGACAUUACUGUGCGUUCCUACUCAUCAUCUUCACCGUGUUGACGUGGCGAAUAUCGUACAUCUCCUGCAUGGACGUCAUUGGCAAGACUGAGACAUGUGAUAAUGAAGGCGAACAGGUUCAUUUGGAUAAAAUUGAUAAACAAAAAUGUUACUUUUGCAUAUGCCGGAACGGCUACGUCGAAUGUGAAAGGAAUCCCGUUUGUCCGGAGAUUAAAGGAUGCCACAUGAUAGUCGAGAAGACGCCCGAGCAUUGUUGUGCGAAAUGCAAAGGUUGUUAUUACAACGGAACGUACUAUGAAAGCGGUGAGGAAUGGAUAUCGAAAGAUGAACCAUGCACGUCGCUGCAAUGCGAGGCAGGCGUCAUAACAAAGAGCGACAUUCAUUGCCACGUGCCGUGUGAUAGUCCUACUUUACCUGGACCGGGUCAAUGUUGUCCAAAAUGCCCGGAUUGUAAAUUGAACGGUUAUAUAGCUACUGAUGAUCGUGAUGUGACACCAGGUGACUUGUGUGUUAAGUGUCGUUGUUCUGGAGGACAUCUUACCUGCAUUAAAAAGGCUUGCCCUGUUUUGCAAUGUCCUUUGAGCGAGCAGACGCGCACGAUUGGGGAAUGUUGUCCCACCUGUAAAGGAAAUCGUCCGGCGCGUAUGGAGGUGGCGCAGAAAUGUAUGCUGCAAAACAUGCUCUACGGAGAAGGCGGGAUGGCGACCAUUGCGAAUGACCAUUGCACAAAGUGCACGUGUUCAAACCAAACAAGUAUAUGCGAGCGGGAAACAUGCCCGCCGUUGGAUUGUUCUCAAGGACUCCGGAAGCGUCCGAAUGCAUGCUGCAAGGAAUGUAUUGACGACGAACAGGAUUUGAUAUCCGAAGUGAAAUCUCAAUGCAUCUUCAAUGGCAAAGCAUAUGAGGAGUUCCAAACGUGGAGUCUUGAUUCUUGUACGAAAUGCGCUUGUAAGGGCAAAAUUAUUUGCUUGAAAACAACGUGUAAUGAGAGUCUUGUAUGUCCCAUCGGCAGCCAUCUUGUCCACGAGAAGGGAGAGUGUUGCAAGAAAUGCGUCGAAAAUAAAGUGGAAGCUACCUGCGUUGUUUUCGGUAAUUCACAUUACCGAACGUUCGACGGUAAAAUGUACACAUUUCAAGGACUCGGCAAGUACCAGUUUGUAUCCGACUGCCAUAAUCAUUCGUUUUCUGUCCGUAUAACAAACGAUUUCACAAACAGAAACAAAUCAUCCGUGAUGACAAAACGGGUGCGCAUAAAAUUCGGCGAUAUUCGCAUAAACUUAGGACAAAACUGUCGCGUUAAAUUGAAUGGUAGUCGUUUAUCUUCAUCGAUAAACACAACAUUGAUCCAAAUCACGAAAGGCGAGCAUGAUAUCAAAGUGGUACUAAAAAAUAGCAUUAAAAUUCUCUGGAACUGUCACAGUUACUUGGAGGUGACGAUACCCACGCAAUUCAAGAAUAAAGUAUGCGGGCUGUGCGGUAAUUUCAAUCUCAAUGUACAAGACGAUUUGAAAAAGCGUAAAGGUGGCGUAGUCACUGAUACGGACUUAAUGAAGUUCGGUGUUUCCUGGUGUGUGGGUAAGGAAUGCCUGAAGGACACUAAACGAAUGCAGCAAAUCCAGCAGUGUCCAUUGAAAUCCAAGAAUAUUGUCUGCUCAUUCCUAACAUCAUCGGAGAUAUUCGUCGCUUGUCAUAAAAAGCUUAAUUAUUAUAAGUACCAGUUGGCAUGCUGGCAUGACAUGUGUGAUUGCCCAAGUGGCAAGUGUUAUUGCGAUGCCUUGACGGCGUACGCGCAAGAGUGCAGCCGGUUGGGUACUCCCAUAAACAAUUGGCAAAACGAUUACUUGUGUACAAAUAACACGUACAGCAUGGUGCGGAAGCAUCACAAGAAACAUCGAAAAUUAUCGCGCGUUGCGCCAACGUACAGCCAAGAUGAGAUUGAUAGAUUGUCAAAGACGGUGCGAAGUAGACCAUCAAAAGGCAAUUUACCUUUGAUACAUUAAUAAAUUACUGAGCGUGAAAACUAUUACAACUAUCACAAUAAAAAGAAUAUUGUUAGGAUAAAACAAAAACCUUACCUUUGUAUUGAGCUAGUCAUGACAGUAUUUAAGACUAGAUGUUAGGGAUUGUUGUUGAUAAACAAGUGAUGAGAUAUGAGAUCAUGAUAACAGGGGUUUGCAAAUACUGAUAGAUCUCAAAUACACCGCACAAGUAAUAUUUUUUUACAAAUGCAUAAUAAUAUUCUUAAUUUGGUGGCUUUUGAAUACGUCUUGGGUUUGUGCAUCAAUGUAUCCUUGUAAACCAAAGAAAGCGAAUGUUAUAAAGAUGCAAUUUAGUUUCAAUGAUCAAUUUAUGUCCCGAAUUAACACUGCGGAAUCUACUACCAAGAUCUCUUUGUUAUUUUACGAUUGGCCCAUAAUGGGUGCGCAUUUUGUACAUAAACAAUAAUGUACCUUAAACUAAAUGUAAGUAAAUAAUUUUUCAUAAUGAAUGUUGUAAAAAAAACUAAUGCAAUCACUAAAUAAUUACAUAUUAUGAAUAUUUUUGUAAACAGAAAUAAUGUGUAUUAAAAUUUAUCUAUUGGAUGAUAGGUGGAAAGAGUUUUGGAUAUUCGUAUAUAUUUUAGAGAAUAAAAAUACAAUUUUUUCAACAAAAUAGAAUAAAUUAUUAUUAUCGUUUUAGUGAACAACGUUUCGACAUUUAUAUUUGAUCGGUUCGAUCGCAUUUUAAUAUGUAAACGCAGAAAACUGUUGAAUUGCCUAGAAUUGAUUUUCUUACUGGUAUAUAACAUUUCCUGUGUUUAUUUACAGACGACAUGUUAAAGGAAAGGUUGAAAAGUGUUUAAACAUUUUUAAUUAACACUACACGUAGAAUAGAUAAGAGUACAACUGUCGGCAGACAAGUUAUUUUGACUUCUGAAUUGACUAAAAUUGCGGACUAUGUUUACGAGCUUGUCUACCGACAUUGUUUGGUAAAUAGAUAAUAACAUGCAAUAGAGUGUACAGUAUUUAUUUAGUAAAUGAUAUGUUUUUACUUUUACGUUUCUUCCUUCUGUUUACUUCAUUUUUUAAGAGAUCAUAGAUUUAAUCUUACGUGUACGUGAUGUAUGUGUGUAUGUAAUAUCAGUAUAAUGUUUUGUGUUUGUUUGUAAAAUGUUCUCACUUUUUUUUGUAUUAUUACACCUCUGUAAUGAUAUGUAAAGAAGUAUCUUUCGCAUUAAAUUGAAUCUAUUAGCUGUCA